AUGGCCGGAGCCGUGUACGCUGCUGUCCCGUCUUCUUCUUCAUCCUCACCCUCCGCCUCUCGAUGGAGUACGUACGAUGUUUUUUUGAGUUUCAGAGGAGAAGACACACGGAAUAACUUCACUCAUGACCUCUAUGAUGCCCUGGUCAAGAAAAAUAUCGAAACAUUCAAGGACGAUGAAAAACUGAAAAUAGGAGAUCUGAUCUCUGAAGCGCUCAAAAAGGCAAUCAAAGAAUCAAGGUUCGCCAUUAUCAUAUUCUCUACGAACUAUGCUAAUUCCAGAUGGUGCCUAGAAGAACUCGCUUUGAUUAUGGAGGAAUGCUGGGAAAAGAAGCAUCAUUGCCAAAAGGUUUUUCCAGUUUUCCUCAAGGGCGUCGAUCCAUUGGACUUAGAGCACCAGAAGGGGAGCUUUGGAGAACCUUUUUAA